AUUGUCCCCAGCAGCCCCGACCAGAGAGAGAGGACAAGGCGGUGGAGAGAGCUGCACUGAGCCUCGGAGAGAACGAGAGGACGACGAAGGAGGCGGAGAGACGGGCGGAGGAGAGCAGGCUGCCGGAUCCGUUCACACCCUCAGCCGCCUUUUUCUGCGUGAUUUUUUGCGGGCUGAGUGUGAGUGACCCCGGGCCGAGCCGCCGCCGCUGUCCGCCCCGCAUGGCUCCGGAUCCGUUGGGAACUUCUCCGUAGAGCCGUGCGGGUCUGCUGCGUUUCCGAGGAACAGGAGGACGCUGCUGGCUGGAUUAUCCCACUCAAACAGCGAACAGGACAAAAGCCGGAGUCCGGGCCUGGCUGCGGGUCCUGGUUUUACGCAGCGCGCCCCUCUUUAACUUGUCUUUUUAAAUGUUGGAGGAGGACCCGGAGGGCAGCAGGAGUCAAGCUGGCGGCGCAGCGGCGACCGCCUCCAACUAGAGGGAAUAUGUGGCUCUCCUGGAUCACUUGUGCACUCGUGCUGGGAACUUUGUGUGCAGGGCUGAGUCACGGGGAGGCCGACGCCACCGAGUGUUUGUACUACAAUGUGAACUACGAGAUCGAGAAGACCAAUCAGAGCGGAGUCGAGCGCUGCGAGGGCGAGAAGGACAAACGCUCGCACUGCUACGCCUCCUGGAGGAACAACUCGGGCUCCAUCGAGCUGGUGAAGAAGGGCUGCUGGCUGGACGACUUCAACUGCUACGACCGACAGGAGUGUGUGGCCACAGAGGAGAGUCCUCAGGUCUUCUUCUGCUGCUGUGAAGGAAACUUCUGCAACGAGAGGUUCACCCACCUGCCUGACGUCACCGGACCACUGAUCAAAGCUCCGCCUCCCAGCGUUGGUGUGUUAAACGUGAUGAUUUACUGCCUGCUGCCCGUCUCCAUGCUGUCUGUCGCUCUGCUGACUGCUGUCUGGAUGUACCGCCAUCGGAAACCUCCCUAUGGACACGUGGACGUCACUGAGGAUCUCGGGCCUCCUCCUGGCUCCCCCCUGCUGGGCCUCAAGCCCCUGCAGCUGCUGGAGGUGAAGGCCAGGGGCCGCUUCGGCUCCGUCUGGAAGGCCAAGAUGAUGAACGAAAACGUGGCCGUCAAAAUAUUCCCCAUCCAGAAUAAAGAGUCGUGGCAGAACGAGAGAGACGUGUUCCUCACACCAGGCAUGAGGCACGAAAACAUCCUGAGGUUCAUCGCCGCAGAGAAACGAGGAAGUCACCUGGAGGCCGAGCUGUGGCUCAUCACCGAGUACCACGAGAGGGGCUCGCUGUCAGACUUCCUGAAGGGUAACAUCAUCAGCUGGUUCGAGCUUUGUCACAUAGCCGAGUCGAUGGCCUGCGGCCUGUCUUACCUUCAUGAGGACAUCCCACGACACAAAGGAGAGGGACCCAAACCGGCCAUCGCUCACAGGGAUUUCAAGAGUAAGAACAUCCUGCUGCGUUCAGACCUCACGGCGGUGAUCGGCGACUUCGGUCUGGCUGUUUGCUUCGAGCCGGGGAAAUCACCUGGAGAGACACACGGACAGGUAGGGACCAGGCGUUACAUGGCUCCAGAGGUCUUAGAAGGAGCCAUCAACUUCCAGCGAGACGCCUUCCUCCGAAUCGACAUGUACGCUCUGGGUCUGGUGCUGUGGGAGCUGGUGUCCCGCUGCAAGGCUGCUGAUGGUCCAGUGGAUGAAUACAUGUUGCCAUUUGAGGAGGAGGUCGGUCAGCAUCCAUCGCUGGAGGACCUGCAGGAAGUUGUUGUCCACAAGAAGAUGAGACCGGCCUUCAAAGACCUCUGGCUCAAACACAGUGGUCUGGCUCAGAUCUGCGAGACGGUUGAGGAGUGCUGGGAUCACGACGCCGAGGCUCGCCUGUCGGCCGGCUGCGUGGAGGAGCGAGUCUCGCAGGUCCGCCGCCUCGCCGCCACCAUCGUCCCUCCUACCUCCGACCACCACUCCCUGAUGGUCUCCACACUCACACCUGUUGCCAUGGUAACCAACGUGGACCUACCGCCCAAAGAGUCCAGUAUAUGAGGAGGAAAACAAACUUUCUUUUGGAGGCCUGACGUUUAGCGGCGAUUCUCUUGAAGUUUGGUGCAACUUCCUGUGAAAACACACACACACACACACGUGUGAAAUGCUCUCAGUGGAAUUUUACAACCUAACGCAGAAACGCGGUGUGAAAGCAGCUGAUAUUUGACUCACAUUGGACUUCUUUAAUUCUUUCUCCGUCCUUUUGGACAAAUAUUACCAGCACGUGUCCUCACUUCUCUCGAGUUGUCCUCCCGUCGUGUCCUUUUUAUUUCCACCAAGUGUGUGUGUGUGUGUGUGUGUGUGUGUGUGUGUUUUGUGAGAAAACCGAGCAGACAUGCCCACACAGGAAACCCAACUCUGAAGCUCAUUCAGGUUCCGACUCAGUGAAUGCUCUUCUAUCUCCAGGUACCUCAGCGACCACUUUCAUGAUUUCACAGACUUUUUUUUGACCAUUUUCUUCCCUCUGCUGUCUUCUUCUACUCUUCUUCUCUGAAUCUGGAUUCAUCUGCCUGCCCAGCGACCACCUACCAUCAGCCUACUGUUGGGAUGGUUUUUUUUUUACUACAAUGCUGCAAAACUCUCAUAGGAAUGUGAUGACUGUUACACGACAAAAGCCGAAAGCAAACUUUUGGUUUUCUACCUUUUCUCUGACUCUUUCCUUUUCUAUUCUUCUCCUGCAACCACACGUUACUGUUCACACGCGGCAAACCUUCGGAUCCAACGGGUCGUAUUCACCAACACGGGAACCAGGAAGUGAGGUCAGAAGGAAAGACGCGAAAAACAAAAACCAGAAAGACUGGAGGCUGUUUGUUUCUCUUUGUUUUUGUUCUCAGCUGUUAUAAUUUGAGGUUGACUGAGAGAAGUCAGACAGGAUGGCUUUUCAGGAGCCAGGAAGCAAACGUCGUGCAUGCAGAGAUUUGAUUGGCUGACUCAUUGUCCAACCACAGCAUUUUGGUUGGCUUAAAACUUCUCAGGUAACCAGGUCUACAGGGGUCGGAGGGGUGGGGGAGGGGGAUCGAUGUGACUGCCACAAGGAAGGGGGGGCCCAACAACCAGUGGGAGGGGCUUAUCUGAGGGUGCUCAAAGCCUAUUGGCUGUCCCUAAUAUGUAAAUCUGCAAGGUGCCCAAACACGGGGAGAACGUGCUACCCGAAACAAGGUGCAAGACCUCAUGGUGCAUAGAGUUGUUUAUGCACUCAGGUCAGAGUGUGUGCGUGAAUGACAACGUGUGUGUGUGUGUGUGUGUGUGUGUGAGAGAGUGAGUGUGUGUUUGGUAAUGUGCAGAGUCACAUGAUGUGACACGUGGAGUUUUCUUUUUCUAAUUUAGAUUUUAUACUGUCCUUGCCGGUGGUUUCGUGUUUUAAGUGUGGCUGUGUGUUACUCGGAGGUAAGUGGAGGACCUUUGACCUCUGCAGUUCUUCCAACGUCGCCACCUUCUGGCUGAGCUGCAACACUGCAGACACCUGUUUAAAAUCUGCUGAUCACACAAAUCCCUGUGAGUUUAUAACAUGGCAGUGAGCCAUACUUCAGUUUAAUUUGACUCAGUCCCACACUCACACACAGACACACACACCGUCCUGCUGCUACAGAUACUCGCUAGGGCAUCAAAUGUGGAUUCAUACGCCGCUGAAAGUAGUCCCCGACAGAUGCACUAUUUGCCGCUGCUUGUUUGAUUAAAAAUGUGACCUGAAACUAAAAGUGUGUGAGGAUUUAGAGAUCUUAAGCAGGAAGCACUGAGCCACAAACAGAAGCCUCGCAGCUGUCUGUCGUUCUUCCUGUGAGAACGCUGGUUCUGUAGUGUUGCAGCGUCCGUCGAUGCAGAAGUCAUCCGUCGCCUCCUCACUUACCUCCUCAUCUCACCCUCCUUUUGUUUUUCCUUCAACCGGGACCAAACUGGCUGCUGAGUCCACUUCAGAAACUCGCGUCGUUGCCAACAGUAAGAACCGGAAACAAAACCGAGGAACGUUGUUGCUUCUUCGUUGUUCUUUUGUCUGUUUUCUGUGAUGCCAUACAUGUAACAGUGAAUGUCUACGAUGCUGCUGCUGCUGACGAUGAUGAUGAUGAUGAUGAUGAGGAUGAUGACUCAUACUCAAAGAUGAAUAUAUUUCUGUAUUUUUAUUGUUGCUUUGACUUGCGGUGCGUUGAACACAUGCAACUCUGAGUCUUUGUAUGAAGUCAGUGACGCGUGGGGAGGCGUUUGAGGAGCGUUUGGCCGCGGGACGCGUGAAAAGACGACAACUUUGAUUAAUAAAUGAGUGGGAAAGAUAGAAAAGCUGGAUAAAAACUACUAAAAAGUACAUCAAAACAAUAGUGCUCAUGAACCACAGAUCACCUCAGUACACCAGAAAUACCUCAAAGACUUUUCUACGUGUUAAAGUUCUGUUUCUAUAUUUUAUUAGUUGUUCUGAUGACUUGUAGUUCAUCCUAUUUUAUUAUGAGCUUUUUAUUCUUUGUUUUCUUUGGGUUUUACUCUUUGAUUAGAGAGAUUAAUUUCUUUUAAUAGAAACUCUCCAAACUGACUGAGGAAGAAAGCUGCCAGGUUACAGCAAGACUCAAACCUCCACUUUGUAAAUAGUUAAUAAAGUUGUUUUUUUUUUUUGUUUGUUUGUUUGUUUGUUUUAAAGACUGAACUGAACUGCCAAUAUCAUAAAAGCACCUGGACUGAGCUGGACGGUUUCUGUCAUCCUCACUUUUUGUCCCCUUCACUGUUCCCUAGCAUGUCUCCUGUCUCCUUACUGGUUUCCUUACCCUCCUGUUCUGUCUCCUGUCCUUCCUCAGCUACCUCUCCUCGUCUCCUUUCUUUCUGCUUGUCUCCUUUCUACUGAUGCUGUUCACUUGUGUCCCUUUAUGUCCUCUUGCUUCUUGUUUCCUUUUGCCUUGUCCUUUUAUCAGCCUACCUCUAAUUUUGUCCCUUUCCUCGUUAUCAUCUCAUUUCCUCUUUUCUCUCAUAGACUUAGACUUAGUCAUCUUCCUCUUCUGUCAAAUAAUUCCUCUUGUGUCCUCACCUCCUCUCUACUUGUGUCUCGUCUUCUUUCCUCCUCACCCUGUUUCAUUUCUCACCUUUCAUCUUACUGUUCUCUUUCUUUCUCCUCUUCUCUUUUCUUGACAAAGGUUUUCCGAUGUUGUGCCUUCAUUGGACUUCAUCUCUGGAGCUUCCUUCAUCCCUUCCCUUCUGUUCUUCCUGUGAGUUUUCCUAACAAACAAAUGACCUGACAGACUGACUCAGGUUCAGGUGUUUCCAGGUGUUUCCAGGAACAUAUUACCUCAUUAAAGCCACACGGGCUGACAAUGGCGUGCUUGAGAUGCCGUGGUAGUCGAUGACGAUGAAAAGACUGAGGCAGCGUUAUCGUUCAGGUUUCAGGAUGAGAGAAACAGGUUCGCUUCACACGUGUGAAUCAGUAACCAAAACGCUCGAUGGAUAAUUGAGCUUCAAGGAUUAAAGGUGUCGCACUGUGAAGGGGGAAGGUUUGACAUUCAGGAACGCUGUUAGCAUCGUUAGCAUUCUGCAGUGAAACCAGUGGGGUAUCAGGCCAAAAUGUAAAUGGGGGGACCAAAAUGUUGCAUGCUGACAAUGC